AUGCCUGACGCGAGCCUUUUCUCGGCCAAAGAAAGCCUUGAUGAUGGCAAGGUCCAUAUUCUUCUCGCUGCCAGCGGUUCAGUCGCCACCAUUAAGCUCCCCAAUAUCGCAGAAGCUCUCGGUCUUCAUCCCAAUGUGUCUAUCCGCAUUAUUAUAACACAGUCCGCCGAGAAAUUCCUCAUAGGGCAAAGCCAAGAACAGCCAGCACUGGAGAGCUUACGCAAGCUGCCUGGUGUAGACGGUAUAUACCGAGAUGAAGACGAGUGGAAAAGUCCCUGGAUCCGCGGCGAGCCGAUUCUGCAUAUUGAGUUGAGAAAAUGGGCACAUUUGCUCGUCGUCGCGCCGCUUUCUGCAAACACCAUGGCCAAGAUGACAGUCGGCAUCGCGGAUAAUCUCCUUCUCUCGGUCAUCAGAGCAUGGGACACCACCGGAUUGGUAGACCUGGCUUUCAAGGAUAAGAAGCCCAUUGUAUUUGUCGCUCCUGCUAUGAAUACUGCAAUGUGGAGCCACCCAGUUACGGGAAAGCAGCUUAAGAUAUUACGGGAAGAAUGGGGCUGGAGUCAAGCAAAUAAUGACGGCUGGAUCUACCUCCUCAACCCAGUAGAAAAAUCUUUGGCUUGUGGUGAUACCGGGAAUGGCGCUAUGAUGGAUUGGAGAGAGAUUGUUGCGUCCGUGGAGCAAUACACAGGUCUAACGAGCACUCGAGAUGGAUAA